UGUUCAGAAGAAGAACAACAGGGUCGCCAUUUUCCACAAGUCUUUGACAGCUACCGCCAUUGGCGUCAUAAACCUUAACUGAUCGAACUACAUGGAUAGCAGAUAAAAGCGAUGUACAGUUCUCUACCGGAGCGUUUACGACAAUGAGAAGAAGCAGAAUGCCAGAAGACACCAAGCUUGGAAUGCACCCCUAUUCUGCAGAGGGCUGUCAAAUUCCCCAACUGCCCACCCUCUCCAUUGACACCAUGACACUGAGCCAAUUGCGUGACCUUAUACCUUGCCUUUUGUCGUCGGUUCGAGGAAAGGCAGCUGACUUAGCUGGAACAGAUGCAAAACCAGACUGGUGGCCUUCUGACAUCCCGUGGAGUGACACCAAGACAGACAUUACCCAGCAAGAGACUGUCUGGACAGAAAUGCUGCGGAAUGUGGUGAGAAGUUGUUACAAACACAUGGGCCAGGAAAGCUCACUGCGGUCGAAAGUACAGGCUAAAACACGCAGCUCGCAAAGUUUCCCGGUGCUUCAGUCAUACCUUCAGCAUGCAGCCAGAGUUAAACCAGGGAAAGGAAAGAAAUCUAACGCUAGACCAUAUGCAGAGAUCUAUGUCUGCUUCUUCUGUGAGAAGGAGUUCCAGGACCGUAGUGAGAUGCGACAACACCAGGAGAAGUGUGUGGAGCGACCGCCCUCCCUUCAGGUUGUUGGUACACCUCCACGUCAGAUGAUGUCUCCCCAGGGCCCUCCACACAUCAGCCCCUCCCCAAAAUUAUUAUUCUCAGAAAAAAAUAUUCGGCCAUCAAAAGAUUUGUUUAUCGGACUGAUCAACUUAGUCCCUCAGAAAAAAGCAGAGAGGAUUCGUGCAAAACACAGAUACAGUCAGGAAAUAGAUUGUGAGAAAAUUGACCUUGAUGAACCAAUGUCUCCAACUACACCACGCACUCCUAAGUCUCUCAUCUCCCAGCUGAGUCGUGAUGACAGUGCAGCUACAUCGAAGAAGCGUUUGAGCUACUCUGAGCCUGUGGACAAUAGUGAUCGCGAGAGUGUGGCAAGUGGGAGUUGUGAGGAGGGCGAGGGUGGGACAGUUCAGAAGGGGAAGUCCCUCCUAUCCAUUGAUCUGUCGUCCUUACUGGGCCAGAGGAUACAGAAACAUAUACACACAGAAAGUGGACUACUGGUUAUACCAAAUGCAGAACAGUUCUGUAAAACACCAGUUAAAAAUGACACACUCGGUAAACUGAGGCAUAGAGUUGUGACAUUCCCAGUGACAUACAAAGCAAGGAAGAAAUAUGUGGGUAAUUUUACACACGAGUACACAUUCAGUAGUCGACAGAAGAGAGACCGUUAUAGUCGAGUGAAAACUGGACUGAACAAAUCAAGUCAAAUGCUCCUGAAGAGUCUGCCACAGUGUAAGGUGUCCUUGGAACGUCUUAACAACAAUGAUUUAUGGCAUUGGAUGUCACGGUACAUGUACAACAAGCUGAAAGGCAUCAAGUCUGCGGUGGUGGAAGAGGAGGCAGUGUUUCCCAAGGAACCCCUUCUCAUGUCAAAGGAGAUAGACAACCUACUUGGACUGAAGAGACGGUCCGGCAGUCACAGCAAUCCACCACUGUCUCUAGCAAAUGUUGUGUCUGAACAAGUAAACGCUGAGGCUUCCAAACAGAAACUCACCUUGUACAGGUGUCUACUGUCUGAUAUUUCUUCUUACAGUACUUUGUAUGGUAACAAGGACUUUGGUCCUAAAUCAGCAAUUGUGAAAGGUAACAAAAAUGUUCCAACAUGUGAGAAGGGCAGACAAUGCAACCUUAAAUCUCAACAGACCAAUAAGGAAUUUGUUUUGCCAGAGAAUCCCUCGCCACUUUUCAACAGUGUAGAACUGCCUGUCUUCACCAAGUCAAGAUCAGAUGAUGAAUUCUCUAUCAUCUCCAUGUCAUCUGAUGAGGAAUCGCUGAAGUCUGGGUGCUGUAUAGAAUGCCGUAGGAGAAAGCGUUUACCGCCUAUUCCUGACACAGUGUUUCGGUCUCCCUCUCUGUCCCCAUUGUCUUCACCCAACACAGACAGUAAGGCUAGACUUGUCAGGAGUGCAACACUGCCAGUCAAUAUGCCACUACAAAUAAAUCCCUACGCAUCCUCAACCAUGCUGAGAUCACCAGAUAUCUCACCGUGCAGCUGUCUCUCUUCUCCUGGCUCGGAGUACGAUCACAGAAUUUACCCCUCUCCAACCUCCUCAACCAAGAGUGGUGGUGUGUUGUCUACGGGUUCAAACAAACUCAAUGUGAAGGGAUUUCCCUCCCCAGUGAAACAUCCAUCACUUGGACAUCAGUCAGAGUUUCGUCGUACACGGUCAACCUCAGCAUUUACAGACAAUGUGUGUAAACUAGAAAGCCUGCUCACUGCCUGUAAAACGGAGGAAGCAGGAACAGUCAUGUCCUUACGUAACAGUAAGUCAUCCUCUCCUGCACAAGACAUUGUUCUGCCUCCAUCCCCCUCCUCCUGCCCAUCUCCAGGCAGCUCUAAAGAUGGUAAUGGGUACAGCUUAGUCUCACCUGUCAGAGAUAUGCCAUCAAGUGUUGAAAGCUUGUCUGCUCAGCGACGUAUUCUCAGGGCCUCACGUUCGGAGUCACCUGGUGUCUCUAUCCACACACAAAGUGAAUCCCCAAAGAAAACACUAGGUUUGCCAACACUAAGAGUUCUUUUAAAGAGCUCUGGCAUGAACCCUAAAAAGGAUUUAAUUCUUAGUCUCUCCGACUUCAGUCCGUGUACAACCAGCCCUUCUAAGUCUGUGGAACCCACACGACGGUCCAAGAGAAUUCUGUCAACAGGUUCUCCUGGGGGCAGUCCAGCCAAGCUUCGUAAGCUGGAAACAAGAUAGUGACUUCUGGUCAACACAGUCCAUGACAACCAUCUGGUCAUUCACACUGAUCUCUAUAGUGCCUGGUGACAGACCACCAUGUUUUAUUUUUAGUAUGAGUAUGACCAGACUGCCAGGCCUGUCAUCAUGAUCACUAUAAGGACUUGUAUCACAUAGCAGUAUCAUGUAACAUUCAAAACAUUACCAUCAUAUAUAUAAUUGCUCAUGAUUUUACUGGUACUUUUGUUGGUAAAUCUGUUACCAAUGGAAAAAGAUAUAGAGGAUAUUUCCAUGAAAGUUUAAUUAAGAAUCACCUGGUAACUGAAAUAUUAUCCAUUGAAUUUGUGUCCAACCUGUUUGAUGAUGAGUCUGGAAGUGCUGGCUGGUUGGUUUUCAUCAGUAAUAUAUGAUCAUGUCGGGUGAGGUCACACAGAUUUUCCAGAUCUGUAUGUUAUAUGUUUUAAUGCGUUGUUAGCCUUGGAAUCAGAGAGUUUCUGGGGAGAGCUUUUUUUAAGGAGUUUUUAAAUAUAUUUUAUGUUCUCAAUUUUCAAAGUUAUUUUCUUAAAGCUGCUCGAGUUUGACACAAGUAUGUAUACCACUUUUUAGUCCAGUGAGUAUUUUGUUUAAGCGUUUGUUCGAUAUCUGAUAUGUGAUAUUUCCCUAUGCAUGACUGAAUUAGAUGAAAUGUACAGCUGCAUUGUACAAGCUUAAGAAGCGAGGAUAGGAGCUCUCCUUCAGACAGUAUUGCUUUUUAAUCGAAAGAAUCUUUUAAUGUUAUAACAGUUACCCAACUUCAUACAGUAUUUUAUCUUGCUGGCCCUUCUGGUUGAUAAACUAUUUAUUAAAAUCGGGGAUUAGUAAGUUUAUAUAGCUUUAUUCUAAAAAAAGGAGAAUGAAAUACAGAAACAGUGAAAAACAAUGCUAACGUAUCCCUUAAUACAAGACUGUUCAGUGUGGUCAUAUUCCUGUUUUCAUUUGCCACAUAAGGUGUAUGAAUUACAUAUGUCAUCAUCCAACUUUAAAAUCAGUAUCAGUUUUUUAAAUUAAAAUAGUGCAUUUUUCUUAAUGUACAUAUUACAUUGUCCCUGUGAAGUGACUUAAUAACGUCAUUCCCACUCUUAAGCUUUACCAAGACGUUAGCAGCCAUAAAAUGGUAGCUGGAGAUUGAUUGACGGACAUUUUGUGAUUGGCCACAGUGAGUUUAAGUUUACAAAUUAAAGGUUGUUGUGUAAAUAGUGUAUAUAAGAUGUCUACAUUUUAGUGCUACUCUUGGUGCUUUGUCCACAGGAUAUCAUAUAAAUGUGUGCGAGAUAGGCAUAUGUAACAAUAGGCAAGAUGUUGGCGUUGUGUUGAAAUACAAGACUGAGAAAACUUCUAUUAAUUGAGUGGGUGAUUGGUAUGAUGUGAAGAACUUAUGAUUACAGUGACUGGUUAUUGUAUGUAUCCUGCAGUAAGCCCAAGGAAGCCAACACAUAAUCUGUUGUGCUUACUAUAGGACAAUGAAAAAGCUUUUGUUGGCAUUAUUUCCUAACUGCAAUAUAUAUUGGUGGGCUUAUUACCAAGCAUGGGCUUAUUGCCGGAUAAGUAUUGGUAAUACUUCAGUUAAUGGUGAUAAUUAUUAGAAGUUCAGAGAACGUACAUUGUACUUUUACUCCUAAAUCUGUCUCUCCUCAUCAGCUUCGGAUCACACCAUCAUGUGAGAUGUGUUGAGAUAUACCGAUGUAUAUCGGGUAUUAUCGUCCCAGUUAUCUGUUUAGUUUCAAAGACAUGAUAUUGACAUAAUUAAUUAUUAUACCCCCCCCCCCCUCCGCAACGAAGUUA